CGUCAGCAGGCCCCCGGCCUGGUCUAUGCUGUUGCGUUCACAAACAACCGUCAUGGACCAUAGGUCCGGGGAACAGACGAGGCCUAUCAGGCCCGGAUGCUGGCCUGGAGUACCGAAACCAAGAGACGGGCGGAUGACGCAGCAACAUCAGCGAAGAAGAGGGCAGAGGACGCCGAACAGCCACGUCUGCUGGCAAUUGAACAACAGCGCCAGCGUGACGAGGCAACAGCAAAGGCUGCCGAUGAAGAACGAGUUCAACGUCGUGAGAAGAUAUUUAGCGGAGAGCACACUUUGCUCACAAUGGCAGCGGAUUGGCGGGUCGAGGCCGAGAAUGGCAAGAUGGAGGAUAGUGAAAACAAGAUCGCUCUUCUCCUCUCCCAUCUCACGGACCUCCUGGCAACAUGCAUUACACAGCAGGAGGACAUCCAUAGCCUCGACGACGCGCUGUCUCAAGUCCACGGCCGCCUCCGGCAGCUGGAGCAGCGACCCGUCGCCGCCCCCGAUGCCAGCUCUUCCAACACCUCCGAUCGCCUCGAAGCAUUGGAGAUGGACGUCGGCUCCCUCUAGGACGGCGUGCAAUUACAGCAGACCGCAACGCAACAGUUGGAGUAGCGGAUCUAUACCGCAGCCAACAACUCG